AUGCAGCAUUUUCCACGCCGUUCACUCGAAACUAUCUCUGAAGAAAUCACUCCUGCAGACCAUGAAGUCUUACGCCAUGGAUGCACCACGUCUAGUAUUGAAAGACUCCCUUCUCGCUUGCAACAGUCGAAACGAACAUCUAAAGACCUUCGCCAGCAGCUUGAGGAGCUUGUCUACGAAGUUAGUUACCUGCGAGCUGAAGUUCAGUGGCACAAAGAAUCAAAGAAUGCUUUGUUGCAGUUUCAGGAGGAGACUUUUCGAAUUUUUCAUUUAAUGGAGGAUGCACUUGUACAGGUUACUGCGAGACUCCGCAACGCAGAGCAGCAGUAUUUUAGUCUUAUGGGGAUGAAGACCAAUGAGGUCUACGAUGGAGACAUGAUUUAG